AUGAACGGAGAGGAGGAGUUCUUCGAUGCCGUCACAGGCUUUGACUCUGAUAACUCUUCCGGGGAAUUUUCAGAGGCAAAUCAGAGACUCACUGGCGUGAUUCAUGUGGACACCAGCAAAAGUAAUGGGAUCGGAAAAGUUGGGGACAGGCCUCCUCAGGAGAAUGGGAUUCAGAAGCACAGGACAUCUCUGCCUGCCCCGAUGUUUACCAGAAGCGACUUCAGCGUGUGGAGCAUAUUGAAGAAGUGCAUUGGCUUGGAACUGUCCAAGAUCACGAUGCCCAUAGCCUUCAAUGAGCCCCUGAGUUUCCUGCAGCGGAUCACAGAGUACAUGGAACAUGUGUACCUAAUUCACAGAGCCUCCCGACAGCCCCAGUCUCUGGAAAGGAUGCAGUCUGUGGCGGCCUUUGCGGUUUCGGCUGUGGCUUCCCAGUGGGAGAGGACUGGCAAGCCCUUCAACCCACUCCUGGGGGAGACGUAUGAGCUCAUCAGGGAAGACUUAGGGUUCAGGUUCAUAUCUGAGCAGGUCAGCCACCACCCCCCGAUCAGUGCGUUCUACUCAGAGGGCCUCCACCAGGACUUCCUGUUUCAUGGCUCCAUCUAUCCAAAGCUCAAGUUCUGGGGGAAGAGCGUGGAGGCAGAGCCCCGUGGCACCAUCACACUGGAGCUGCUCAAACACAAGGAGGCAUACACCUGGACCAACCCUACGUGCUGUGUCCACAACGUGAUUAUCGGCAAGCUCUGGAUAGAGCAGUAUGGGACAGUGGAGAUUUUAAACCACAGGACUGGAGAUAAGUGCGUGCUUCACUUUAAACCAUGUGGACUGUUUGGGAAAGAACUUCACAAAGUGGAGGGGUACAUUCAAGACAAAAGCAAAAAGAAGCUUUUCAUGAUCUAUGGCAAGUGGACGGAGUGCUUGUGGGGCAUAGACCCCGUCACAUACGAGUCCUUCAGAAAGCAGGAGAGAAGAGGGGACUCCCUGCGGAAGACGAAACCGGACGACGGCCCUGAGAAGGCUGAUGGCGAUGUGGCAGACGCUGUGCCCGAGUCUCAGGAGACGGUGCAGGUCAUUCCAGGCAGCAAGCUACUCUGGAGAGUCAAUACCCGGCCCCCCAACUCCGCUCAGAUGUACAACUUCACCAGCUUCACUGUGAGUCUCAACGAACUGGAGACAGGCAUGGAGAAGAUUCUGGCCCCCACCGACUGCCGGCUACGCCCUGACAUCCGAGGCAUGGAGAACGGCAACAUGGAUCUGGCAAGCCAGGAGAAGGAGCGGCUGGAGGAGAAGCAGAGGGAGGCCCGGAGGGAGCGGGCCCGGGAGGAGGCUGAGUGGCAGACGCGGUGGUUUCACCGAGGCAGUAACCCGUACACUGGGACCCCCGACUGGCUGUACGCAGGGGGCUACUUCGAGCGGGAUUUCUCAGGCUGCCCCGACAUCUACUGA